AUGAUGUUCCGUCGGUUGACCCUUGGCCUCAUCUUGGUCACCAUCGCCGCAUUCUUUUGCGCGCAAUCAGUCGUGGCAGCGAAGGGACCCAAAAUUACCCACAAGGUCUACUUCGACAUCAAGCAUGGUGACAAGGAUAUGGGCAGAAUCGUCAUUGGGCUGUAUGGCGGUACUGUACCCAAGACCGUUGAGAACUUCCGCGCUCUCGCUACUGGCGUGAAGAAGGAUGGCACUGAACUCGGUCCCGGCUUUGGUUACAAGGGUUCUAAGUUCCACCGGGUGAUCAAGAACUUCAUGAUUCAGGGUGGUGACUUCACAAAGGGCGAUGGAACAGGAGGAAAGUCAAUCUACGGCGACAGGUUCCCCGACGAGAACUUCAAACUUCGCCACACUCGCCCCGGUAUUCUUUCCAUGGCAAAUGCAGGCAAGAACACUAACGGUUCCCAAUUCUUCAUCACGACUGUCGUCACGGGUUGGUUGGAUGGCAAGCACGUCGUCUUCGGUGAGGUUGUGGAGGGUAUGGAAAUUGUGAAGGCCAUCGAGGAUGUUCCGAAGGGCAAGGCUGACCGUCCCCUAGAGGACGUCACCGUCGUCGACUCCGGCGAGCUGUCGGUCGAGCCGGACGUAGACACGGAUGGAAAAGAGGACCUUACUUUUGAGCCGAGCACGUCGGCUGAGUUGUCCAGCAGUGUGGCUGCCUCCGUGACAGUCAUCACACCCGUCUCCGAGACGGUCAUCACGCCUGUCUUCGAGGCGACUGCGAGCAAGGAUGAAGCCGCCACCGCCGUCAAACCCGUCGACGACAUCGCCGAGCCGACAGGGAGCCUUGCUCCCAUCGUCUCCGACGUGAAGCAUGGCUGGAGUUUCCUGACGUACCUCAUCUUGCUAGUCGUUGCCGUCGCGGUCGGUGCACUGUUCUGGUGGAUGGGUGCCGGGCUAUGGGUGAAGUCGCUCGUGAACAAGCGGGGCCAGUACCGCAAGGUGAACAGCUCGGACCGCGAUUUGGAGAAAUAG